AGAAAACAAAACUUACAUGGAAUAGAAACCUACGGGAGGAGGAAGGUCCAUGAACUAUCUUUAAGAGCAGCUCAUAGGAACAGCAAAUCAGUUUUACCACUGCUGGAAGAAACAUAUUUCCAAGACAGACUGCCACCUAUUAUGAACUCCCCUCUGAAAUGCCACCUUGAGAAGCUAGAAUGCCACUUUACCUGGGAUCUGGGGUGCUAUAAACAUAAGCUCCAAGAGUUAUGGGAUAACUUUCAAGACAUGGACCAGCAGACGUGCACUUGGCAGGUUCACUACAACAACCUGCUGGGCUACAUCCAACAUGCUCUUGGCUCCAACGAAGAGGCACUGAUGUACCUGCACAAAGCAGCAAGUGUGAUCCAAGAGCAGGGAACAGAAGAGGCUGGAGCCAGGCUGCAGGUGAACAAAGCUAACCUGGCUUGGGUGCACUUUCUCUUGGGAAACACGGCUGAGAGCAAAGCAUACCUAGAGGAGGUAGAGAAGCUUCAGCAAAUGCACCCUGCUCCAUCUGGUUGCACGUUACAUCCAGAAGUUAGUGGUGAAAAGGGCUGGACAUUAGUGAAGUUUGACUUGUCAAAGAAACAGCAGUCAAUUGAUUUCUUUAGAAUGGCCUUGAAAGCAGAACCAGAAAGGAAGGAAUGGCACAAAGGUCUUGCCAGAGCAAUGUCCAAGCCAUUACUAAUGUCUGAAUUUACUACAGAUGAGGUUCUAGAGCAGUUGAAAAGGGCAAAAGAGCUAGACCCAGACAGUUUGUUCCUACAGUCCCUUUAUUGGCAAAAACGAUCUGAGGUGCAGGCAGAAAACUAUGAUAAAGAAGUGCAAAGUUUACUACAAAAAACCAUUGAUACAGGUAAAAUGGAGGGCUUGAGUGUUAUCCUCAAGUAUUUCAAAAAUAUUUCCAUGGACAAAGCUAUUCAAGAGGGAGAGAGAGUUCGAGAAAAGUUCCCCACCUCCACUAAAGUUUUGAGAAAUGUGGCAAACUUAUAUAAAUGGAAGGUUUACUCGAUGAAUGAAGACAGCAGAGAAAAGCAGGCUUUGGUUGAGAAGUCCAUUGAGCUCUUUGAGGAGGUCGUCAGACAUUAUCCUCAUAAUCUCAAAGUAAAGCUAGCCCUUGCAUCAAUGUACCAAAAUAAAAACAACAUUGAGAGAGCAAAUGAGAUAUACAAGGAGCUCCUAUCAGAGGAAGAUGAUCUCCCUCCUCAUAGACGACAGCGUCUAUACUAUAGUUAUGCCUGCUAUCUAUUUCAUUCUAGACAGUCCAAAGACUCAAUCCUCUUUUACAUGAAAGCAGCAGAAAUCCCAGAUAACAGAGGUUGUCGACUGAAGUGUAUAAAAGUCCUUCAAAAGACUUUGAAGAGGGGCAGAGAUCCUCACUGUGAGGACAUUUUUUGUUUACUGCAGAGAAUUCAGCAAGAAAAAAUUUAAUUUGUUACUACCGACAAAUGAUCAGUUUUGUAACAGGGACAUACAGUGGUUGACAUUUAAGCAUGAAAAUUUAAGAAAAACGAUGUGACAACAUAUCACAAAGGCUAAUUUCCAAUAAUAAGUCUACUGGAUUCAAGUUUUAAAAAUAUUAUUUUGUAUUUUGUUAGUGUAUUUUUAUUUUUUUAUAAAAAUAAAUCCACUCAUUUCCAGAUAUGAAAGUGGUAUCAUUUUAUAUUCAAGGAAAACACUUUGAAUGGCUGUCCUUUUGUGUUAGUAAGAGGUGAACUCUGCACCAUAAUGUUGUGAAUUUCAGGUAGGAUAAAGUACUUAAUUCAUUUCUCUCUAGCUAUUGAUUAUCUGGACAUGUGAGUGUUUUUUGUUGUUGUAAAUGUUGACCAGCACAAGUGGAAGCACCAAUGAAAUGAACACGUCAAUAAAUUGUUAUCAAACAUAAA